AUGGGUCAGCGGUUUUUAGAACUUACCAUAUGUGCUGCGCUGCUACUACUUGUAGUGGGGAUUGAAGGACGCAAAAAGGAUCCGGCGUGGUCCGGAUAUUACAAGGACAAUGGAACCCACUACCUGUUGUACGAAAAACGAAAGGAUGUACGGCCCAAUUUUGGAAAUAUUUCCUCAAAUCCCUUUAUAAACGCCCUGGAAGCAAAAGAGAAUUUCAAUACUAGAAUCGUCAAUGGCCAAAGGAUCCCGUGCGAGGAAGCCCCCUUCCAGGGAUCUCUGCACUACGACGACUACUUUGUUUGCGGCUGUGUAAUUAUCAACCGAGUUUGGGUCAUGACUGCCCAUCACUGCUACUUUGGACCAGCCGAGAAGUACACGGUGCGAGUGGGAACCGAUGAACAGAGGCGUUAUGGCCAACUGCGACAUGUGAGCAAGAUCCGGGCCUUGGCGGCAUAUGAUGAAAACACCAUGAGACACGAUCUGGCCAUGAUGAAGCUCAAGUCACCGAUCUUCUACAACAAAUGUUGCCAGCCAGUCAAAUUGCCCUCUCCUAAAACUAAAAGAUUUCCCAGAAAAUUUUGGUGCAGUGGUUGGGGCAUUACGUCGGUUAACGCCCAGAAUGCCCAGCGUUAUCUGCGCCGCGUGGAGCUCGACUUCGUGAAUAGGACCACGUGCCAGAAGAAGUACAAGGGUACCGGGAUCAAAGUCUACAAGGACAUGAUCUGCGCCAGUAGAAAGAAAAAGGACAGCUGCUCCGGCGAUUCUGGCGGUCCGCUGACCAGGCACGGAAUCCUCUACGGAAUCGUUUCCUGGGGCAUUGGCUGCGCCAGCGAUUAUCCUGGUGUCUAUUGCAGCGUGAAAAAAUACAUUUAUUGGAUCAAACAUGUCAUAGCAAAUAAUUAA